AUGCCCAAGAAGCUCCGUUGCACCGCCAAGGACUGCCGAGAGCCCGCUCAGCGCAUCGUGGGUGACUGCACCUUUUGCAACGGCCACUUCUGCGGCAAGCACCGUUUGUUAGAGGACCACAAGUGCAGCGGUCUGGAAGACUGCAAGAAGCAGUCUCACGCACGUAACGCUGCUCAGCUUGAGGCUGAGCGGACGCAAGUCAUCCGAGGCGUCUAA